AUGGUCGGCAUCACCAGCUAUGGAAGAUCAUUUGAAAUAACAACAGUAGGAUGCACUGGCCCUGAGUGCACCUAUGUUGGACCUGACUCUGGAGCUACUCCGGGUAGAUAUACCCAAACAGCAGGCUAUAUUACCAACGCAGAGAUUAACGAAAUAAUAGCUUCAAAUCCCACUGUGCAGGUCUUGUUUAACAGUGGAAGUGACUCGGAUAUCAUAGUCUACAACGAAACACAGUGGGUUAUAUACAUGACUAAUACGACUAAGAGCACGCGCACUUCCUACUACAAGGCUUUCGAUGCAUUCUUGCUCAAACUGGAAGUCAACGAGACGUUCUUGAAGAACGAUACAUGCUCGGACCCAGCCGCCGGGGAAACAAGCGAGCAGGCAAGUGAAGAACGAGGCAUUGCGGCGUACAUUGACUGGCUCGUGAAGGACAGCUUUAAGUCACCUUCUGAAUGGGCCAAUAGAAUGUUCAAAUCUACGGGGCAGACAACUCAAUGUGACAUUUAUCCUGAUAGCCAGUGCAACUUCCCUUCAGGUUUCUGUUCCAAUUAUACCAUCCCCUCUGAGUACUGGGCCGAAUACGUUGUGGCGAACUUCCAUGAAUACAUCACUGAAUUUGGUUCCUUGUUCAAUUACGUGAAUCAGAAUCAGUCGCUGGGCAUCGAUACUAUUGUCGCAGACUUCCCUGUCAAAUCAUCAAGCACAGUACCCGAUCUAGCGACUAUAUUCACCAAUGUCGGCGGUGCACUGGGGAUUGUCGGAAGCACUCUACCUCUGCUUGAUGAAGAGACUGACACCGCUUCGAGCAUGAUGGGUGUUAUGAGCGGGCUCUUUUCCACUGCUGGAUCUGACAUUUCCUCCAGCAGCGCGACCGAUACCGAAACAAUCACUCUGGAGAAGAAAGUUGAGGCUAUUUAUAGCCUGAUGUACACGGCUGUUCAGGAUAUCCUCAUUGACGUCUUCGAAACCGGCAAUAUCUCCUCCUGGCCCUCGGACCUGCGAUCUGGUGACUACUCCUUUGAAGUCGCCAAUUUCUUCAAUGGCCGAUACAUGUUCUUGCUCACUGGUGAACAAGCCGAAUCCCUGGAGAGCACUUUCAACACCUAUCUUCAACAGUACCUUGUCGGCUCCGCAUUGGCCUCGGCCAAUUAUUAUGUUUUGAAGAGUGCCUACUCCACCAGUACCUACUCCUCUAUCACCAGCGGGAAGAACACCACCGGUACGUAUGGGGGCACACUCAAGAUAAAUAUUCUGGAGUUCUCUUCGUCUCUUCCAACCUGCUUCUAUAACCUUCCCGUCUUCACGGUCGAAACGUCUGAGGAGCCUAAGGUGAACAACAAUCUAUCUUCGCCAUGCCUGGUGUACGAGCAGAACCUGACUGCUAAGACGGCCGAAUUGGGUGUGACCUGGUUACCGAGCAACCUGGCUGACAUUUUUGUCAAGGACUUUUGUGAGUGCAAUGCUGGUGCUAGAGAGUACUCAGAGAUCUAGAAGAAAAAGCACGAAGGGGGAAGAAAAAGGAGGGAACACUG